AUGGAGCCGGCGCCCACGAGGAGUACUGGCGAUGUGUCGACGGCCGAGGCAAACGCUGAUGGGGCCAAUCGCAGCAGCAACAACGCGAGGAAUAUCAGCGGUGCCCGGCGUCAUGGUGGCAGUGGCAGCCGUAAUGGGGGCAGGCUGCGCCGUAGCGGGGGCGGGGCAAUCCCGCCUGCAACGGCCAAUCUGUUUAGCGUGCAGCAGGAGCUAAAAAAAGUGUCCCCGCAACAGCCAUGCCCCGCGUCUAGAUCUGCGCUGGAGAGUGAGGAGGAGGAGUCUAAAAUGGUGUUGGCUGUCAGCGAUGACGUCAAACCCGCCGGCAGCAACCUUAACAAGCCGGAUUACGGCUCUGUCGCCGCGGUGACGGCGCUUGAUAGCCAAAGUUUUGUCUGUGAGAGUGAGCGUGUCGGCCCUGCUGCAGGGGCGACUUCAAUAAAAAGUCCCGCUGAGGCUGAGUCAGGGCACAGCGACGGAAGGAAGCGACGACGACAGUGGUGGUGGUGGCGACAGCACCAGCGUCAUCGACGGAGGCGGAGCCAAAGUCAGCCUGAAAUACAAGAGAUACAACGUAGGUGCGAAGUGGGAAGUCAUUUCAAAGCUGCCGUUGGGCCGUAUCGCAGUGCGCUCUACAUGAACCCUAGUAUCCGUUGCGUGGGGAGCGAUGGAUUGCCGUACCGACAAAGCUUUAAGGAGUUGCUGCGACCCUGGACUGCGGGGCCCGUAGAGGUCGAUACACCCUGCUUAAGACCCAUAGACGCACCGUUGUGUGUGCAGCAAUGCUCCAAUGCCGUUGUUGCUGCACCAGCGGAAAACGAGGAUGGGCUUCAACUGAGGGCUGUUCGUGAGGAGGAGGGGUUGGCGGUAAGGUCGCCGAUGAUUACUUUUACACUGGAUGGAGUGGCAACGCCCAAGACCUUUGCGGUGAUCAAACGACAAGAGGUGGAUGUGGGGGUCAUAUCGCUCUCCGCAUCGUGUUCGGUAGGCGAAGACACGGAGAAGCGCCGGAUGCAGGCAUUGCCACCGAUACGGCCACCGCAUGCCAUACGCGUGAAGGAGCUGCCACACCAACGAAUCCUUCGCAGCUACGUGAAUGGUUCCUUCCUUUUCUACCAGACCGAGGGGACCAAACGGGAGUUCUUGCUGUUGUUUAGGGAAAUUUUGGCGCAGGUGCGGCCUAUUUUUGAGGCGGAACCGCUAUUUCCACGUUUGGUGGCGCCCACCUUUGUCUUUGGGGAUAUCCACGGCAAUUUUGAGGACCUGGCUUUUUUUCUUCGUAAUGUGCUUAUAUUUCACGACCUCCAGCUCACCCCUGCCAAUGUUCUUUGCUUGGGGGACUACGUGGACCGCGGGCCGUACUCGCUCGAGUGUCUUAUGCUGUUGCUCUCGCUGAAGAUCAGCCACCCGUCGAGGGUGAUACUGCUGCGUGGUAAUCAUGAGGAUCGUGUAGUGUGCGGCGACGUCUUGACGUAUGGAUCCGCCUCCUUUCUGGCGCAAUGUGAGGCGUUGUACGGUCUCGAGGAGGGGCGGCGGCUGUUCAGGGAGGCGACAGCCCUGUUUCGCCACUUCCCACUCGCGGCCGAACUCCUCAUUCCAUCCGUGCCAAACAUUUGUGUCGACAGCAACGGCAGUAAUAAUGUUAAUACUACUACUACUGCUACUACCAAUAGUAACAACGACAACAAGGCGGGCUUUCUAGGUGAUGUGCCGGUGUUCCCCAUUUCAAGAUCAUUGGCGCCACUGGGUCGACGGAGGACGCAUGAAGAACGCAUAUUGUGUACACACGGCGGCAUCCCGCGCUUCUUUUGCCCGCCCAAGGAAGAUGACAGCCUUGCAUUUCUGCGACGUGAGGACUUCCCGCGCAUGCUUACCCUGUUCCCAAAUAAUCCCUUUGUGAAGGACGACCCUGAGGCCCAGAUGAGGUUGCUGGAAGCGGUGGGACAAACCGGCGUCUCGCAGGCUUCCUUGACGCCCGCCAUCAACGAGGCGGCACUGCGUAAGGCGUGGUACGUUGCAUUUGAUCUGAUGUGGUCCGACCCGACAAGCACAGACCCCGGUGACGAGAAUGACGAUACCGACUCCACUGCAUGUAUCGCAGCCGGGAGUGGCCAUGUAGAUAUCAAUGAGUGGGGCUUUGGUGUGAACAAGCGCGGCAGUAAUGUGCUGACCUUCUCUGCCAAGGCUGUAGACACUUUCUUGCAGGCCCACCAGUACAGCAUGCUGUUUCGCGCCCACCAAGAGAAGGCGCAUGGGCUACGUGUUAGUAAGAGCAGGAAGGUGUUGACCAUCUUUAGCAGCUCAAACUACCUCGGGCAUGGUAACGGUGCGGGGUGUGCGUUGGUGAAUGCCGAUGGUGAAAUUCAACUGAUAGAGAAGUUGAGUGAAUGA